AUGACGACUGAGGGCGCUCAAGCGGGAGUUGAUGAACAUGGUUCCGUUCAUACAGUAGAGGAUUGUACAUCUCAACUAUCAAAAGUCAGUAUUACAGAGGGAGAGGGCAUUGCCAAUUCUUCUGGGGUCGAAUGCAAUGGUUCUGUUUCUGGUAAGCAGGUGAAGUUACCUGCGAAUUUGGAAGAUGUUAGUGGUUUGGACCCAGAGAUUGUUGAGCGUGCAUUCCUUCUAUUCAUAGAUAGAAGCAAUGCUUCCGCAAAGCAUGCAAUCUAUGAGACUAGGAACACCUUGGCUGACAAAAUUAUUUGCAAUAUAUUCAAGAAGUUACACGAUAUAUAUGCCAAGGAAGAUGAGAGGCAUGAUUUUGCAGACUUGUUAGAUAAACAACGCUAUUUCCCGUUGAUGAACUUGGAAGCCAACAUUCCUGCUUCAGUCCCAGAGAGCAUUGUAACAAAAUUAAGAGAAAUAGCAAAUGAUACUGCAUACAGACAUAAUUUAGUGGAGAGACUACUUGUUUUAGAUGCAUUGACUCUGUUCAAUAUACAGGAGCUAAGGACCUCAUGUGAAACAUUCCGUCAACCUAUAAUAGGAGAAUUAUGGCCAGUGUCACUGAAAUUGACUUUGGAGCCAAAAAGCGAGGAGCCAGAACUGCCUAAACAGGAUGCAACUGCAAAACCCGCUAGUUUUCAUGGUCAAUUGGAUGGAACAUAUGUUAACUUCAAACCAGUAAAUGCCGAUGAACUGAGUGAGGAAGAGGAAGAAGAGGAGGUUUCACCAUUUUCAGAUGAUUUUAAAGUUGAAAAAUCCCCAGAUAUUGUUAGCAACAUUUCCAAAGCUGUAGGAUAUAAGUCAAUUUCAAAGAUGUUUAGUUCUGGAAGCAAAAAGUUGUUCAAGCAAAUAAACAAACUGAAAGUGAAAAAUGAAGAGGAAGGAUGGGUUAGAGAACCACAUAAGAAUUUGGAGACUGUCUAUCGUAUGGAGAAUGAUAUUAUUACGAUAAAACUAAGAGGAAAGCUUCCAUAUGAUCUCUUGAAAAUCUUGACUAUUAUUAAUGAAACAGAGUUUUCAUCUGCAUGGGUACCAUUUGUAAAAGAUGCAUCAGAUUUACAUGCUUAUACAAAGACCAGUAAACUCAUUUACCAAAAGUGUGACUAUCCCAUUAUGGGCCACAAAGAAACGGUGUUGUAUGGAUUAUCUACAAAUAUACUUGAAGAGGCAAAUUGUGUUGUAAUAGCAUGUCGUAACCCACCAAAUACUCAGGGUGAGUUUGAAAAGUUCGGCAGAAUAUUGAAGAAGGGAGGAAUACCUGAUACCGGCAAAGUUAUAAGUCGUGACGGUGACGAUUAUAAGUUCUUGGAUCAUGUCAUGGAAAAAUUCUCAGCCAAAACUUAUCAAAGGGGACAAGAGAUAUGUUUUGUUCUAUUUCCAGCGGGAGAACAUACUAUUCUGGAGUUUUACCUGAAUAUUAUUUUGGAAGCCAAGAUUCCCAUGAGUUUCGUGAAAUUCAUUGUUAAGAAAGUAGCGUCAGGAAUGUACAAAAAAAUCGCACAACAAGGCAAACGAUUUGAUGAUGGACAAUUUACUGAGUGUAUUAGGAAGAGACGGGAAUUUUAUAGCUGGAUGGAGAAGAUUUACGAAGAUUACAAGGCAGUACACGAGAAAGAUAAUAAAGAAAAAUUCAAACAUAUGAGUACAUAUGAUCCCAAUCAGGAGUUGUAAAAAUUUCAACUAAUUCUGAGUAAUCUUUCACCUAUACGUAUGAAUCUUUUUCGUUUUUUGCUUUUAUAUGUCUUCUUUUUCAUAUUAGUUGCCCAAGUCUUUGCGAGAAUUUCGUUCUUAAUCUCGUCUAAUUCUGUUUCCCAUGCGAUUGUAUAAUUUAUGGCAGUUGGAAGAUUCAUGGGCCGAGAAGGAUGACCCAGAGCGUAUUUUUGCAUAGCAUUACAUAGACUUGCCAUGUUAUUGAAAUUUAUAAACUGAAUUUGAGUAGAAGCAGAUGGUUUCCCGACCAUAUGUCUAUUUUCAGAACAAAACGUUCUUACACACCGCGAUAAGCCUUUUAACGAACGCACAAGUAUCAUACCAGUGAUCAUGAUCCAAACAUGGCUUAAAUUAGAAACCAGAAUUGAUCAAGAAGGGAAGU